AUGGCUCCACCGAAGAAAACCAUGGACGAGGUGGACUUGCCCACCAACCCGUACCUCCCUGCGUGGAUCCUUACCCCCAAGGAAGAGAAGGCAAUUUUUGAAAAAUGGAGAAAGAAGGCUUUUGCAAAGUGCGACGAUUUGAUCCGUGCUUAUAUAGACUGCUCGAAUAGCUAUCAAAGUCCGUUUGAAGCGAUGUCCAAAUGUGAAAAGGCCAACCAGGCGUCCAUGGGAUGUGUUGAAAAGUACCAGCAAAAGAAGUAUUUGGAUAUUGAACGAGAUAUUUUGAUCAAGGAAAAGAUGGAACGCCAGCGUCAGUGGAAAGAAAGCCAGGCAAACUAG